ACCGCGCCGGCGCCGGGCGAGAAGGGGGCGAGGCGAGGGCAGGAGGGGACGGGGGGCGUUGCUGCGCCUGCGCGGCGGGAAGCCUCGCGGAAAGCGCUCACUCCCGAGUCCCCACCAGCCUGGGGGGCAGCGACACCCCGGGUUCCGCCGCAGCUCUGGAAGCGAGCGCCGCUCCGGGUGACGCCGCGCUGCCGGGGGCGUGUCUCUGCUCCGCGCCUCCCGCCCUCGCCCCUUGAGCCUCUCUGACUCCUCCUUUCCGGAGUCCCGCGUCUCGGCCGCCGCUCCCAGCCCACCCAGGAUAAUGGCGACAGCUGAGGUACUGAACAUUGGUAAAAAGCUCUAUGAGGGUAAAACAAAAGAAGUCUAUGAAUUGUUAGACAGUCCAGGAAAAGUGCUCCUGCAGUCCAAAGACCAGAUUACAGCAGGAAAUGCAGCCAGAAAGAAUCACCUGGAAGGAAAAGCUGCAAUCUCAAAUAAAAUUACUAGUUGUAUUUUUCAGUUGUUACAGGAAGCAGGUAUCAAAACUGCUUUCACCAGAAAAUGUGGGGAGACCGCUUUCAUUGCACCUAAGUGUGAAAUGAUUCCAAUUGAAUGGGUUUGUAGAAGAAUAGCAACUGGUUCUUUUCUCAAAAGAAAUCCUGGUGUCAAAGAAGGGUACAAAUUUUACCCUCCUAAAGUGGAGAUGUUUUUUAAGGAUGAUGCCAAUAAUGAUCCACAGUGGUCUGAGGAACAACUCAUUGCUGCAAAAUUUUGCUUUGCUGGACUUGUUAUAGGCCAGACUGAAGUGGACAUCAUGAAUCAUGCUACACAGGCUAUUUUUGAAAUACUGGAGAAAUCCUGGUUGCCCCAGGACUGUACACUGGUUGAUAUGAAGAUUGAAUUUGGUGUUGAUGUCACCACCAAAGAAAUUGUUCUUGCUGAUGUUAUUGAUAAUGAUUCCUGGAGACUCUGGCCAUCAGGAGAUCGAAGCCAACAGAAAGACAAACAGUCGUAUCGUGACCUCAAGGAAGUAACUCCUGAAGGGCUCCAGAUGGUAAAGAAAAAUUUUGAGUGGGUUGCUGAAAGAGUAGAGUUGCUUCUGAAAUCAGAAAGUCAGUGCAGGGUUGUAGUAUUAAUGGGCUCAACUUCUGAUCUUGGUCACUGUGAAAAAAUCAAGAAGGCUUGUGGAUAUUUUGGCAUUCCGUGUGAACUUCGGGUGACCUCUGCCCAUAAAGGACCAGAUGAAACGCUGAGGAUUAAAGCUGAGUAUGAAGGGGAUGGCAUUCCUACAGUCUUUGUGGCAGUGGCAGGCAGAAGCAAUGGUUUAGGACCAGUGAUGUCUGGUAACACUGCAUACCCAGUUAUCAGCUGUCCUCCCCUCACUGCAGACUGGGGCGCUCAGGAUGUGUGGUCUUCUCUUCGACUACCCAGUGGUCUUGGCUGUUCAACCAUACUUUCUCCAGAAGGAUCAGCUCAGUUUGCUGCUCAGAUAUUUGGAUUAAACAACCAUUUGGUGUGGGCCAAACUGCGAGCAAGUAUAUUGAAUACAUGGAUUUCCUUGAAGCAGGCUGACAAGAAAAUACGAGAGGGCAAUUUAUAAGAAAAGAACAUCGUUGCAUUUUUUUAGGAGAAAAACUAUAAUUUUCUAGUUUAUAGAAAUUAUAGAAAAAACUAUAGCAAAAUUAUAGAAAAAACUAAUUUUUUUUCUGCAGAAAAAAAAAUCAGGCAAAAUGAAAAGAUUUUAAAUCAGAGAAAACGAAACUUAUUAGUGUAUAAUUGCUUCUCUAGAUUCAUGGAUUAGUAGAAUAUAUGUACAUAUCUAAAGACAUUUUAAAAUUAACCUCUUUCCCACUAUAUGGUCAUUGCUAGGUGGGUAACAAUCAAAUAGAUUUCUUAAAUGCUAAUCAUGUCCUAUUAUAGAGCUCUGAAGACCAGGGGUCCUCAAACUACGGCCCGCGGGCCACGUGCAAAUACAAAUAUUGUAUUUGUCCUCGUUUUGUUUUUUUACUUCAAAAUAAGAUAUGUGCAGUGUGCAUAGAAAUUUGUUCAUAGUUUUUUUUUAAACUAUAGUCCGGCCCUCCAAUGGUCUGAGGGACAGUGAACAAAAUUCUAAGGACAUGAUUUUUUAUUUGCAGUCAGUAUCUCAGAAAAUGGUGUGUAUCUUUAGCUAUUGAUAGACAUGUUUUGUUUUCAUUUUGAUUUUUUUUUUUUCUGAAGAAAAGUUGAGAUUGAUGGGGAGGGGAGGGAAGACACAAAAUAAGAUGAAGAGGCAAUGUGAAAGCCAUGGAAAGGGAACUUUUCUGAGAACUGAUGGGUGUCAGAGCACUUUGCCAUGGAAAAAAAGUAGAGCCACCUUUGCCUUCAAAUGAAAGACUUAGUGAAUCUUACUUGGCUAUGGUGGGAAUCUAUGUGGGUCAUAAAAUUCUUUUAAUUCUGAUAACACAUAUUUGAGCCACACUAAUCCCAGUGUACCAUCAUUUUCAAAAAUUGGAAUCUCCCAGGUGAUAACCAUAACUAGUUUAUUUCUUAUAACAGAAUAAAUCUGAGAAGUGUACCCAGCAAGUUGUUACUGAGAGGUAUUAUAGUUCACCAUCAAUCUAUAAACCAUAUAGAUUGGGACUCUUAUGUUAUGCAGCCAUGGGGAUUUUAUAGGUCACUGAACUUUCAUCCAAGUGUCCAUGAAACCCCUUACACUUGGUAUGACUCUUACCAAUGACCUACACAGUCUACACUUUUUGCCUCUCAAACAUUAACAAACGCAUUUCUUACAUGACUCUCACCUAAUCUCUGGUGGAGUGUGUUUAACUUACCACUCCUUUCCUGGGGUAGACAACAAUAUAUCCCAACAUCUCUUGAUCAUUUCUCUAUUACUCUUUCCUCUUAAGUAUUGAGACUUUCCAUUGUUCACAAAUAAUGGUUGGAUCAUCUUCACUGCUCCAGCUAAAACUAGCAUCCAUUGACUUCCAGCUAUGUCUAUAAACUUGUAUAUUCAACUGUCCAUCUCUCCCUGUCUGAAUGCUCCAAACUUAAUUCAUCUUCCACCAACCCUGUAACUGGCUGCACUCAUUCUCCCAAAUCAGAAGCUUGAUUUCAUCCUCAAUGUUUUUCUUGACUUUUCACAUUUAACUCAUCACCAAAUAUUGGAUUUACCCUGUUUACCCAUUCUCUGUGCAAAAGCCGCAAGAACGGGUCAAAUUCUACACAUGGUGUGACCUAGAAGGACUUCAUUCUCAACCCAGCCUUUUUGAAGUUUGUCCAAGGACUUAAAACAUACCUUAAAUCUCUUUUGCAACAUUGACUCCUUUGAAAAUAUGCUUUUUACCCUCCAGAAAAGUAAACACACUGAAGUUACCAACCGAUCCCACUGAUGGUGCAGUUCUCUUGAAGUCUACACAAGGACUGUAGGUUAAGUAGGGAACUUGCUCUCAAUUAUUAUACUAUCUCUUUUUGGUUCCUUUACUUCUUAGAAUGUCCUCAUUUCUGUCAUUAAAGCUAUUCAUUAGUUAAUAGAACUUUAUUUUUACUAACUCCACAAAACAUUCCUUAAUGACCGCUAGCUCCAGUAGCUACAAGUAGUUCUUUCUCUGUUGGAUUGUGAACUUCAAAGGAGAAAAUACAGUUUUACACUUCGUUUCCCUCAAA